GGGGCAGCAAGGCAGACGAUGCUGAGGCUUCUUUCGCGUUUCGAUGGAAAUUCGCUAGCCAGUGUCCGUGGAUCGGGGAUCGUUAACGUUUCGUUUCCAGUUCCGCGGUAAUUCCUAAACAAACCGGGACUAGUCCAGAAAAUGGGGAAGGAGGACUCUGAGACGGUAGCCUUGAGGAAGGAGCUAGAAGACCUAAUCAACAAAUGCAAGGAGGAUCAAAAGAAACAACAGGACGCCACCUUGGAGGACGUGUGCAGUGGUGUAGCAGACGCGCCCAAGGUGAAAUUAUCAACAAAGAAGUUACUGAAGGGACACAUUAAUAAAGUGAAUUCGGUACAUUUCAGUGGCGACAGUAGGCAUUGCGUGACCGGUUCGUUAGAUGGUAAACUGAUCAUCUGGGACUCGUGGACCGGCAAUAAAGUCCAGGUGAUCCCGCUGCGGUCAGCAUGGGUGAUGUCGGUAGCAUUUGCUCCGUCAGGAAACUUUGUCGCCUGCGGUGGUAUGGACAACAUGUGCACCAUCUACGAUGUGAACAACCGCGAUGCUACAGGCUCGGCCAAAAUAGUUAGAGAGCUGUUGGGCUACGAGGGUUUCCUCUCUUCCUGCAGAUUCUUGGAAGACAAGAAAAUCAUCACUGGGUCUGGCGAUAUGAAAAUUUGUAUAUGGGACCUGGAGGGCAAUAAGAAAACGUCAGAUUUUUGUGCGCACGCUGGAGACGUUGUCAGCAUCAGUUUGUCCUCAGAUAUGAACACUUACAUCACCGGAUCGGUGGACAGGACAUGUAAACUGUGGGACUUACGGGAGGAAACCGCGAAGCAGACCUUUUUUGGUCACGAAGCCGACGUGAAUUCUGUUUGCUAUCAUCCAUCGGGACAAGCUUUCGUGACAGCUUCAGAAGACAAGACGGCAAGGUUGUGGGACUUGAGAUCGGAUCAGCAGAUAGCAGAGUUCAAGCCUCCUAGCGGAAACCCCGGAUUUACAUCGUGCGGAUUAUCCUCGAGCGGUAGAUUUAUAUUCUGUGGCAGCGAUGACAAUUCCAUUCACAUUUGGGAUACGUUGAAGAAACAAUACAACGGAGUUAUGUCGGGUCACGAGAACCGGGUGACAUCGCUGAGCGUCUCCGGAAAUGGUAUGGCUGUCGCUACUUGUUCCUGGGACCAGAAUGUCCGAAUUUGGGUUUAGAAACCGGAAGAGAACUAUUAGUAUCGUCUCGGAGGAUGAAGAGAAAGGACCCACUCAAGUCUGCGCUUCAUUGUUUCUUAAGCUUUUGAUAUAGGCAAGAGUAGAUCUGUGUGUCAAGUUACAGCACUACUCUAACAAUUAAUGUCUCGAUGUAUAAAUGCCUGUAGCAUCUCCUGAUAUUUUUAUUUUAAAGCACAGAAACCAUAUUCUGUGUCUCUGUUCAGGAAGAUAGUUACUUGAAGCGUAACACUUGAGAGCAUUUGCUUUCAUUUGUUUUUUAAACUGAAAAAUAAAUAAGAUUAGAAGAAGAAAUGUUAAAUAAAAUGCAAAACAAACAAA